AUGAAGAGUCGACAAUUCUAUGGAACUGCGGCUUUACUGCUCCUACUUUUCUUGGUACCAUUCAUCCUGGAUGGCAUGAAUCAAUCUUAUCAAAUAACAAGUGGACUUCUUUCCUUCUCAUCUUCAUCAUCGGGAGCAAUUUCUCAAUCCAUUCCAACAACAACCAUAUUUGUAGAGGCUCAAAGAAGACGAAGAAGAAGAUUAAACCUUGAGAAAAAGGCAAAGACUCGCCACAAUUACAAUUACAGAAAACCAAAACAACAACAACAACCUCCAUCACCACCACCACAGCAACAACAAGAAGACGAUGAUGAACGAAAUGGAGAUUUUGAUAACAAUAGUUCUUCGGGUGGUAACAGAGAAUUUGCUGAAAAACACUCAUUCAAGCCUCCUUUCCUUUACGGAGGACAACAAGGCAUUCCAUACUGGGAAUACGGAGGAAGUGCUAUUGCUACUGAAAAUUACAUUCGGGUUGUUCCAAAUAUUAAAUCACGAACUGGUUACAUUUGGAAUGUGGAGCCAGUUCAUAUGAAGAGUUGGCAAGUUGAAUUGGAUUUCCUCAUUCACAAUACUCACAAUCCUGGUGCUGAUGGUUUAGCUUUUUGGUAUGCAAGAGAGCCAAUGAAAACUGGUACCUUGAUGGGUUAUACGGAAAGUUUUGAUGGUUUGGGCAUCUUGUUUGAUACCUAUGAUAACAACAUGGAUGGAGACAAUCCAGCUGUGAUUGCAAUUAUGAAUCAUGGAUCUCCAAUGAAGCUUGACGUGGAUAAUGAUUUUAGAGCCAACCAAUUGGAUCGUUGUCGAGCAGAUUUCAGAAAUCCAACACAUGGUAGAACUACGGCUCGUAUUACUUAUCAAAAUAGAGUAUUGAGUGUUUAUAUGGAUACUACAAGCACUGGACAAUUUACCAAAUGUUUCGAAAUUAAUAAUGUACACUUGAAGGAUGGAUACUAUUUCGGUAUCACUGCUGCCACUGGAGGUUUGGCUGAUAAUCAUGACGUGCACAGCUUCUUGACCUACGAUCUUGCUUCUGAGCCACACAAAGAGGCACCAGAAUCUCACCAUCACAGAGGCUGGUACGAUCCUUAUGAAGAAUUCCAAAAGUACCUCGAAAAACAAAAGAAGGAGGAAGAAAUUUUGAAAAACUCUCAAAAUGAGCCGCAACAGGAUCAUCAUGAUAAUACUGAUUCUCACAGCCAUACUAGUAACACUUUGCAACAUGAUGUAACUGCUGAGCUUGAAAAGAAGAAGAAGGAGGAAGAGGAUACCUGGGCACAAGAGCAACAACUUUUCAAUGAUCUCAAGGAAAAGAUGAAGCACGUCGAUGAACCACACCAAGAAGCAGCUCAAACUAAGCAACAACAAAAACCAGGUGACACUGCUCAACCACCUGUUCAACAUCAUGAAGGAGGUGCUGUCACUUUUAACAUGCAAACUGGAUUGCUUAUUUUGGAAGCGUUAGAAGAGGUUGCAAGAACUAUUAAGAAGUCUUCUACAAAGAGUGACAUUAUUAAUAUUUUGGAGUUUGUGAGUGAGGUUUCUAAAAAACAGGAAGAGGUGCAAAGAAAAUUCACAGAAUUUAGUGAAGACACAAAGAAGGAUGUGGCUGUGACUUUGGCAGAGUUGAAGAGAGAUACUGAUACAUUGAACAGUCAACUUAGAAGAUUGGACUCACUCAUCACCAACAUUUACAAUGAUGUUGGAAACAUUCAACGCUCCCAUGGUGACAUUCAACAAGGAAUCUCUAAACAAUCAGAGUCGUUGGGAGAAAUGCAAAGAUUUAGUAAUGGCUGGCUAUUAGUCAUUUUCAUCUUCUUCCAAAUUGUGUUUGCCAUUGGUUUUAUUUAUUACAGAAAGUUCCAAGAAAGCAAGUCUAAAUUUUAUUAG